AUGACCACCUUUUUCCAUUUCAAAGGUUGUUCCUGUGGAGUUACCGUCAACGAUUCAGCAAUCGAAGCUUACCAAGAGCUGAAGAUUAAAAAGAAGUUCCGCUUCAUCACUUUUAGGCUUAGCCAGGAUUUUAAAGAGAUCCAGAUUGACAAGACUGUCGAAAAGGGCGAGUAUGCCGACUUUGUGAGUGCACUGCCUGCCGAUGACUGUCGAUAUGCCGUAUUUGAUUUUGCCUAUGAUUUCCCUGGGAGUGAAGUCCAGCGCACCAAAAUCUUGUUUUAUGUCUGGUCGCCUGAUGGUGCUAAAAUUAAGCAAAAGAUGCUUUACGCUGCAAGCAAAGAUGCUCUUCGCAAGAAACUCGAUGGUACUUACACUGAGAUUCAAUGCACCGAUUCUUCCGAGGUCAGUUACGAGACUGUUCUUGAAAAGGUUCUCCGUGCAACCAGUUAAAUGACUUUAUUACCUAUCCUGAUUUUUGUCUACCUUUUAAAGCAGAAAUUAAACCCGCCUUCGUUUAUUCCAC